AUGAAUAAUUAUUAAGAAAAAAUUGGUUUAUUUAGCAUCAAUACUGUUAGUCCAAAAGAAUGGCAAUUAAACGCUGAUUUAGAUGUAGAACUUUAGGCUAAACCAAUAGAAACAGAUAAUCUUGAUCUUCUUUUGAGUCCUUUAACUAAAGUUUCAAAUUAAGCGAAAUUGUUUUUUGAUUAUGAAAAAAGAUCACAUGUUAGUUAACUUUCAAUAUUAGGAAAUAACAUGAUGGCUUACUUUAAUCUUAAGAAAUUUUUAUAAAAAUUAAGCAGAAAUAGAGAGAAUUUUAAAAAGCUAUCAUAAAAACAUUUAGAUGUUAUAAAUGAUUAAGCCUCUGAUUAGACAGUGUUAUUAAAUAGUAAUAAACAUAAACCAAAAUUAAAAAUAUUUGAUUUUCCAACAUUACUUUCUUAAUUAUCAAAGAAAAACUCAUUGUUAACAACUUGGAAAAGAAGCAUCCUUGAAGAUUUAAAUAAAAUUCCCUUAAUACAUCCAGAAUCUACAAAAAAGUUAGUAUGGGAUUAUUUUAUGACUGCAUUACGAAUAGUUUUAAUGAUUCUGUUACCUUUAGAGAUUGCAUUUUAGCCAGGAAUCGUAUUUGAUGAAGCUUCAAUUUUUACAUCUGUAACAAUUUUAUUAACAAUAUUGGAUAUGAUAGUACGUUUGAAUACAGUUUAUUAUGAAGAUGGUAAGGCAAUUAAUGAUAGAUGGAAAAUAUUUGAAUUAAAAAUCCAAGAAUGUAUAAUAUUUGAUUUGAUAGCUAUAUUUUCAUUAACAAUAAAUUUUGGAGUAGUUCUGAGAAGUAUUUUACCAUCAUACAGUUUAUAAUUUAAAUAUGUUUAUGAAGUAAUAAAUAAAAGUUAAGAGUCUUCUUAUUUAAGUAAACCAAUUUAAGGCUUAAUGAAAUUAAUAUGGUUUAUAUUAACCCUAUUAACAAUUUUACAUAUUUUUAGUUGUAUUUGGUUUUUAAUAAGUAAGAAUACAUAUGGUGAUAAUUGGGUUAAAAAUAAGGAGAUAGAUUAAAGUGAAUGGGCAACCUAAUAUAUGGAAGCUUUAUAUUUUUCAACAGUAACAAUGCUUACAAUAGGUUAUGGAGAUAGUGUUCCUUAGAAUUAAGUUGAGAAAUUGGUUUCAAUAUUAUUCAUUCUAAUAGCAUGUUUAUGGUACUCUUAUGCUGUCAAUACAAUAGGAUAGAUUAUUAAUGAAUUGACAUAUAAUUCAGAAAAGAGAAGAUAAAGAAUUAGAGUAAUUAAUGGUUAUAUGAAUAAGAGAAAGGUUCCUUAUUCUUUGUAAUUUAGAAUAAGAGAAUAUCUUAAUUAUAGAUGGAAAGAAGAAUAAGAAAGUGAUAUUACUUAAGAAGAUAAACUUAUAAAUGAAUUAUCCAAUGAUCUUAAAUAAGAAUUGGAAUUAUUGGGUCGUAAGAAUUUUAUUGAAAAAAGUUAACUUUUAUAACAUUUUUCUAAUGAAUUCAAACGAUCUGUUAGUAUUCAUAUAAAAAGAAUAAUUAUCUAACCUCAUAAUACUUUUUCAAUGAAAGAAGAUCCUUCUUUAUGUUAUUUAGAAUCUGGAUAGUUACAAUAUUUAAUGACAGAAAUCAAAGAAGGUUAAUUUUUAUAAGAGUAUGAAUAUGUGAAUGAGACUCAAACUUAAAUUCCUUACAAAGCCAUUGGUUAUGUAUCAUUACUUAUCAUUUAAAAAGAUAUUUUCAAUAAAAUCUUAAAAGCUCAUUAAAUUGAUAAUGAAAAAUUCUGUUAAUUAAAAACAUAAUUAAAUAGUGAAUAAUUUGGACAUUUAUAUGAAUGUAAAUGGUGUAGUACACAUGGUCAUUCAACUAACUUUUGUCCUUUAGUUUCUUCUAGAUUUGAUAAAGAGGGAAUUAUUAAAAAACAUUGUUUUCCUAAAUAAAAUUAAAGAGUAUUUAUUAUAAGAAAUAGAGUUAAAAAUUAUUUCAAAUCUCUUUCUGAAAUGGAAAUGAUUUAGGAAUAUGUUACAUAUUUCUAAAAUUAAAAAUAAUAAGUUAUUUAAGAUUAACUUAAAAAAUAACUUUCUGAUAGCUAAAUUAAUUUACAAAUUCAAAGAAAAUAAUCUAUCUUUGAAGAUGAAUUUUAAGAAUUUGGAAUUAAACGAAAAUCUAUUCAUGAUAAUGGCAGAUCACCAAUUCAUAAAUUAGGAAAUUCAAGUAUUGGACAAUCUAAUUUCUAAUUUUUAGGAGUUAUUAAACCAAAAUAAUCUGAAUUGGAAAAGUCUUUUAUGUUAAAAACUAUCUAACCUAAUAUGAUUGAAGAAGAAUAAAUUUCAAAUAUUAAUGCUUUAUAUUUAAAAUCAAAAAAAGAAGGCUAAGUUGAUUAUGAUUUAGAAAUGUUAUAUCUUAAAUAUAAUUGCAAUCCAGUUACAGAUUUUGAUCAUAUUAAAAGUUUUUAACAUUACUUCCCAGAAUUUAAUAUAGAAUAAGUUAUUAGGAAGAAAAGAGAAGUAUAUAAAAGCUAUUUUAAAGAAUUAAUAAGGUACAUGUUUUAUCCUUUCUUAUAUGUUCUUAAAUUUAAUAAAAUAUCACACAAACGAAAAUUAACAGGAAACUUUUAGUAAGUUAGCAAUAUAAAUAAGUUCAAAAAAGUCCUCCUUAAUAAGAAAAGAAGACAAACUUCUGUAUUUCCUAAUGGCUAACCUUUGAUUAAUAAUUGA